CAGAAUACAUGAUCAGCACCCACCCACCCUCGUGCCCAGCUCCCUACGCCUAUUUUGACGCCAUCGGUUGCGAGGGCUGCGACGCGCCAAAGUACAAGGGCUGCUGCACCACGACAACGCACUACGAGCGCCCCGGGGUCGACCCGACAAAGUGGAAGUGCCACUGCGACUACAGCGACGCGUGCGAGUCGUGCUGCGGCUCGACAUGCUGCGGUGCACGGUCCGUCUGCUGUGGCGACGGUGAGAGCGGCUCCUGCCACGAUGUUGAGAGCGGAUCCUGCCGCGGCGGCGUCUGGAAGUUUUGGCCGCCGCCACCCUCGCCGCCGCCGCCGCCGCCGCCGUCACCGCCACCGCCGCCGCCAACGCCGCCAGGCUCGCCCGCUCCGCCCGCGCCGCCUCCCUCGCCGCCAUCUGCCCCACCACCGCCCAGCCCGCUUCCGUACCUGCUCGCCGUCGGCGCGGCGGUGCUGCUCUUGCUGUUGUGCGUGUUCGUCGCCUUUGCGCGUCGCCGCUCGCGCGACGCGGACCGGCGGCGCGUUGGCGAGAGAGCGCGCGCUCGCGCGGCGCUGAGUGGCCUCGCGGCGAUCCGCGCGGCGGAGAGUGGCGGCGGCACCGAGGUCUCGCCGGCAAGAGGCGUCCUCGACGCUCCUCUGCUCGCGGGCCAGCCGCCCGCGGACGCCUCCAACACAAACGCCACCGUCGCCAACCAGCCGACGGACCAGUACAUCUGAGCGGAUUCGCUCUCGCCAGGCGUCCGGAAGACGUGAGCAAAGUAGUGCUUGGCGAGGAUGAGGCGACGCGGGGGUUGUUGUUUGUUUUGUGUUCCGUGCGUGUCUGCUUGUCUUCCACAGCCUGCGAGCCCCUCCUGCCGGCUCCCUCGGGGUGAUGCUCUGAUAAACCCUCCGGAUCUUCGACAAAGGUCGGAUAUUUCUU